AUGUUUGAAAUGCCGUUAGUCAGAUUAUUUUUAAUUAUUCUUUUAGCAACGUCGUUGGGUGUCUUAUGGUACCUAGACACAGCAUUUUAUCACUGGGACCGAGUGUUGCCACAGCCUGAAGAAAUAAUUGUUGAAACAGUGCCAGAAUCUUCCAAAAAUGUCACAACUUUCAAUAAGCCCAAAGAUUUUGUACCAACAAAUGAAUGGCAAAUAAUUGACGAAGGUCAACCUAUUCCUCCCGGAUUGCAUGUACAAAUUGAUCUCCAGACAGGCGAAAAAAAGGCUAAAUUAAUGGAGGACAAUGGAAAUAAUAAAACAAAUAGUUUGGCCAUUACAGACUCCCAUAUACCAGAGAAUUUUAAAGAUCCAAAUAGUCUACCUGAUAAUUCACACAAAUUUAGAUCUUAUGAAGAACUUAAAGAUGAUCUUAAAGAUUUGAAUAUGACUAUAAAAAGUGAUAUGGAUAUAAUGGAUGAACUUUCUAAUAGAUUUAAAGAGCAAUUGAAAUUGUAUGAAGAAAGUGAUAAAAGUCUUCAGAAUAUUUUAACUGAUCUUGAAUAUCUCCUACAUCAAGUUGAUACAGCUGAAGUUUUUGUAAAAAAUAAAGGGAUACAAUUAAUAAUAAUUCCUUGUAUUAAUAGUAAUUCAAAUUCUUUAAAAGCACUAGGAGCAUUACUCCUUGGUUCUGCUGCUUCUAAUAAUCAAAAAGUUCAAAUUGCUUCUUUAGAAAGUGAUAUUUUACCACUUUUAUUAAAGCAUAUUGAUAAUGAAUUUACAUUUUCUGUUCAAAAGAAUUGUAUCUAUGCUUUAUCAUCUGUUACUCGACGAUUUCCCUUAGCACAAAAACAAUUAAUAGAUAAUAAUGGUAUUCAAAUUUUCAUGUCUGUGUUUAAAAUGCCUGUAUCUGAAUUCAAUUCUAAACUUAAGUUAAAAAUUACUCAACUAUUAGAAGACUUAACUAUAGAAAUUGAGGAUGCUAAAUUAACAUACGAAGAAGAAACUAAUAAACAGCUCAGCAUCGAAGCUGCUGAAAGAGUUCGUCAAUAUAAUGAUGUGCACUUAAAAAACAAACUUGUUGAAAAUGGGUGGUGCAACAUUUUGGGAAAUGAGUUAAUUAUGCUGUCUAACCAAUUACCACUAGAUGAAGAAAAACAUGAAAUGGUUGAAGCUUCUGGUAAAUCAUUAUUAGCAAUGCAAAAACUAUGUAAAGUUAAAUUGCAUGGCAAUAAAGAAUUCUAUCGAUCAUUUUACACAUUACAAAUGUAUUACAAACAAUUACUCCAAAAUGAUGCCUUUUUUGAUGAAUUAUAUCAGUUAACAACAGAAUUGACUAACACUUAUGAUCCUGUAUUAGAAUAGUAUCAUGAUAUUUAGUUUAAUUUAUAAAUUUAUAAAACUGUGUGUAAUUAAAUAUCUGAUGUAUUUAAUAUUUUUUCUGUGAUAAAAUUUUA